AUGACCGUCAACCCUAUCGAGGCCGACUCCAAGCUCGGCUUCACCACGACCGUCGUCUCCUCCGGCUCGGGAGACAAGAACGAGGGCAGCAACGUCAACAGCCAAGCCAUCAACCAUGGCGACAACGUCAACAAUGACGCCGCAGUCACUGAUGCCACCGUCUCUCAAGGUAUCCACAUCCUCGAGGCCGAGUCCGUCCACUGGUGGUCCUACUUAGCUACGGCCGACUUCUGGGCCGUCAUCGCCGUUGGCCAGGUCCUGUCGCUGUGCAUCACUGGCACAAACACCUUUACCUCGUUCCUUGCCAAUGCCGGCACCAACAUCCCCGCCUUCCAGACCGUCUUCAACUACAUUCUGCUCUUCCUCGUCUACACCACAAUCACCCUGUGGCGCGAUGGCCCCCGUGUCUGGUGGGAUAUCAUGGUCAAGGAUGGCUGGCGCUACUUCAUCAUGUCCUUCCUCGACGUCGAGGGCAACUACUUUACCGUCCUGGCCUACCGCUACACCAACCUGCUGUCCGCUCAGCUGCUCAACUUUUGGUCCAUCGUCUGCGUUGUCAUCAUCUCCUUCCUCCUGCUGCGUGUGCGCUACAAGCUGUUCCAAGUCAUCGGUAUCCUCAUCUGCUGCGGUGGCAUGGGUAUCCUGCUCGCCUCGGAUCACAUCACUGGCUCCAACGGCGGCCCUGGAGUCGACAUGGUUAAGGGCGAUCUCUUUGGCCUUCUUGGUGCUACUCUCUACGGUGUUUCCAACGUUUUCGAGGAGUGGCUCGUGUCCAAGCGCCCCAUGCACCACGUCUUGGCUUUUAUGGGCUUCUUUGGCAUGUUCAUCAACGGCGUUCAGGCUGCCAUCUUCGACCGCACGUCCUUCCGCGAUGCUCACUGGGACAACUCCGUCGGCGGCUGGCUCGCCGGCUACACCCUCUGCCUGUUCAUCUUCUACACCCUGGCUCCCCUCAUCCUGCGUAUGGGAAGUGCCGCCUUUUUCGACAUCUCGCUGCUGACGGCCAACUUCUGGGGUGUCAUCAUCGGCAUCCACGUCUUUGGCUACGUCAUCCACUACCUGUACCCCAUCGCCUUUGUCUGCAUCAUCAUCGGUCUCGUCAUCUACUUCCUAUCCGGCAGCGUCCUCGGCGACUCCAAGAAGCCCUGGCUGGGUGCUAACCAGGAGGACGGCGUGGCUGGCUUUGGCACUGCCAAGUUGCGUGCCAUUAAUGCGGCCAGGAAGGCCCAGCUGGAUACUGAGACUGCUCCUACUGUUCAGUAA